UGGGACUCGAUGACGCUGGACCCUGGAGACCUCCGUCCUGAGGGAGGCGUGGGGAUGGUCCUGCGAGAGGAGCUGGGAUCAAGACCCGUGAAAACGCCGCCUCCCGGCAGAGGGAGCGGGCUGGCGGAGGUCCUGGGGCCUUGGGGAGCCUCGCUGGGCGUCCCGGUGUGCUGGCUGUUAGACAAGGCGUCCAUCUGCCAGAGGCCGGGCAGGGUCGCACCGCUGAUGUGGGGGCGGAGGAGGGUAGCCGCGGCGGAGGCGGUUCAGGCACGCAGUCUCCAGGCCGCUGUGGCGCUGGCCCGUGCACGGAGUCCAGGUGGACUUGCUCCCAUGCAGGGCCCCACUGGCAUCGGCCACAACCAUCCCAAAGAGCUGCAGCCUCUGGAGAAAGACUGUGUGCGGCUGGAGAAGGCAGCACCCAGGGCUGGCGGAGAUAGAGGCCCAUGCGUGUGGCCCGAGGUAACCAACCAGAACGUGCUGUAUGCACAUCACAGGGAGCUCUAUUCAGCGCACUGUGGGGACCUUAACGGGGAAGAAAUCCGGAAGGGAGCGGAUGCACGUACACGCGUGGCGGAUCCAUCCGCUCUACAGGAGGAACUGACAGAGCACUGUGAACCAACCACCAUACGAACGGGCAGCAGCCUGCGUUUGGCCACACAAGCCUUCACCUGUCCGUCCCUGCGUGACCCGCUCAGAAAAGAAUGCAGGCGCGUGGGCACUUGGUCCGCCGAGAUCCUUGAGGAUGACGAUGGGCCCCACCCCGCACCCAGGACAUGGAAGGGGGAGUCAGAGGUGAGCUGGUGGUGGGAGGCCAGCCCAGUGCGGUGCAGAACGGGGGCCCUGGGAAGGAAGGACCCACAGUUUGCCGAUGAGAGGGCUGAGCCCAGGGAGGUCACCGGGCUCCCAGGUCUCCGCAGGGCUCCACCCCUGGUGGCCAAGGACUCAGGCACUCAGACUGAGAACACGCUGCCCUGGGGCCUGCUGAGAGUAACCGGGAGUUUCCGCACGCACGCUCAGCAGCCCCGAGCGGCUCUGGACGCACCUGGGGAGCAGAGAGCCGAGGGCCUGCAGUGGCGAGUGCACAGUCUCCAGAUGAAGUUCAACGUGGAUUCCAGCCAGCGAAUCCCGAGAGCCAGGUGGCCUGUGUCUGCUGGCGGUGGCGGGGCCCGGACCGCAGUCCGGGACAGACUCCAGAGCCAGGCGCUGAAGGCUCUGGGAGCCAGCCUCGGUCCCUUCCCAGCCCGGCGAUGGGCCGGCGCCUGCCCUGGCCACCGCUCUCUGGCCAAGCCACGUCAGAACAGGACAGCAGAUUGCCACCCACCUGAUCUGAGAGGCGGCCGGGCCCCUCUGACGAGUCCGGGCUGCCAGGCUGACCUGACUGAGCCGGACGGAUGGUCCUCGAGAAAGGGUGCUGAGCCUCCCCGCAGCGGGCGGGUCCAGCUAGUGAGCCAGCUCAGCGGACUGCUCAGUAAGGAGGAGGGAACACCCAGCAGGCUGACGGAGCGAGGCACGGAGGCCGGCUGGACCCACGUGAGCACCGGGUGCGCGAAGCCCUUGUCUUCUGUGCAGGUCAGCAGUGGGCCGCCUCCUAGUCUGGUGACACUGGCCUUCCCUGUGAGUCCCAGAGCCGCCCUCCAGGCGACAGGAAGCUGGGCUGUCCCUCCACUCACAGGACCUCAGGGUCUCCUGACCGGAUGCAGCCACACCUCAGCCUCGGCCCAGGAGGACCCUGGGUUUCUCCUGCCACGUGACUUUUCCAGCCAUGUCCCGCCAAACACACUGGACUGCCCCCGGGUCCCGACGCAGGACUGGAGGAUCACAGCUUGGUGUUCAGAGCUCUUCCCAGGGCCCAAGGCCCGGUCUGAUGGCUGUAAAUCCAGGCAGGCCUGCGCGUGGUUCGACAGUCUGCAGAGAGGCAUUGGUCUACCAGUGAGCGGGACCCGGGUUUCCUUUUCAGUCUCGUCUAUUUACAAAUGUGCCUCCAAGUUCUCGGAAAUUCGCCUGAGAAUUUAUGGCCUCGGCAGAUGGACCAUGCCUUGA